AUGCCCAUCAUCACUGAUGACAAACCGACGUCAGACAUAUCUGCACCGUUCAUUCCCAAUACCAUAGAAUCGUCUACACGAUACGUCUGGCGCCUCGUUAAGUUUAAAGUCAGGGCCACGGAUCCGUACAUGCAAGGCUGCGGCGUUACGUACGCAUCAGAUGAGUUGUUCAAGCCUGAGACACCCCAACUCUACGACGGUGAUGGGCAGUCGCAGUUUGGCUGCAAGAUUGAUCUUCAAGCUGCCAGGGAAGCGGCAUUCUACUGCCCAGCACCGUAUCUCCUGGACCCACCCAACUGCUUCAGCCAGGCCUCUGUGGACGGUAAAGGAAGGAACCUAAACGACCUCAGCAAGUCAUUGGUGGCGUCUCGAUCUAACCACUUGUCAUACUGA